GGUUUACAGGUUGAGAGGCAGUGUUGGAGAUGUGUGGCAGAACAUCCUGUCACCUCCCUAUAGAUGUUCUUACAAGAGCCUGUGCCUACUGUGACAGGCAAGGCCAACAGCAACUUCCCAAGUGGAGGGACCCGGACAAGUAUAGCCCCUCUUACAACAAGAGCCCUCAGUCCAACAGCCCAGUGCUGCUCUCUCGACUGCACUAUGAGAAGAAUGCAGACUCAUCUGAGCGUAUCAUUACUCCCAUGCGAUGGGGUUUGGUUCCUUCUUGGUUCAAAGAAAGUGAUCCUUCCAAGCUGCAGUUCAACACUACCAACUGUCGUAGUGACACCAUGAUGGAGAAACAGUCAUUCAAGGUGCCUCUGGGAAAAGGAAGGCGCUGUGUUGUUCUAGCAGAUGGAUUCUAUGAGUGGCAAAGGUGUCAGGGAACAAACCAGAGACAACCAUACUUCAUCUACUUCCCCCAAAUCAAGACAGAAAAGUCAGACAAUAUUGCUGCUGCAGAUAGUCCUGAGGAGCGAGAGAAGGUAUGGGACAACUGGAGACUACUGACGAUGGCUGGGAUCUUUGACUGCUGGGAGCCCCCAGAGGGGGGUGACAUCCUGUAUUCCUACACUAUCAUCACAGUGGAUUCCUGCAAAGGCCUGAAUGACAUCCACCACAGGAUGCCUGCCAUAUUAGAUGGAGAUGAGGCAGUCUCAAAAUGGCUUAACUUUGGUGAGGUCUCAACUCAAGAAGCUUUGAAGUUAAUCCACCCCACAGAUAACAUCACCUUCCAUCCAGUCUCCCUCGUGGUGAACAACUCCCGUAACAACACUCCUGAGUGCCUGGCUCCUGUUGACUUUCUUGUCAAAAAGGAGCUAAAGGUAAAUGGCAGCAGCCAGAGAAUGUGGCAGUGGCUAGCCACAAAGUCACCCAAAAAGGAAGAUUCCAAAACUGCCCAGAAGGAAGAGUCAAAUGUGCCUCAGUGGUCUAGCCAGUUUCUGCAGAAGAGCCCUCUCCCUGCCAAGAGAGGCAGCGCAGGACUUAUGGAGAGAUGGCUGAAGCAGGCCAAGGAAGAGGAACCCCCAGCUAAGCAGCCUCACUGUCAAUAA